GAUUUCUGGGACCAUGCGAGACUUCAUUCACACACGACCUUUUUACCAAAAACGAAAUCUGAAGUUAAAGCGCGACUAGCAGACUAGAUCGCAUAUCUCUGAGCAUCCACUUGCACCCUCGAGAAGCCCUUUAGCAAUACUAGAAAAACCAAUACACAAUGGCAAAGACCGCAAAAGUCAAGAAGCGCCCGGUGACCAUUCACUCACGUGCUGCCCGACGCGCCGCCUCCCCCUCUCUCAAUCUUGACAAAUCCGCCCAAAAGCCCGCCAACACAACCCGAGAUUCCGCCUCACCAUCGCGGCCCUCGCAAGCCAAUCCUCAUGCCCUGAAGGCAAAAGAUGCCGGCAUCCAGAAGAAGCAAAAGAAAGACACAAAGAUGACGCGCGCACAACGGUUACGCUACCAAAAAGGGCUUGAGCGUGCCGAGGAAAACAUGGAUAAGCUGGAGAAGAAGAGGGCCAAGAGCGUAGGCAAAUCGAAGAAGAUUGUAGAGAGGGCCAAGGGCUGGGAGAAUGUGAAUGGUGACGGAACGAAGAAGUCGAAGAAGCAGAUUGCGAUUGAGCAGCUGGAGGAUGAGGAAAAGAGGAAGGAGAGGGAGUGGGUCAGCGAUGAGGAUAUGGACGUUGAGGAAGAGACGGCGGCGGUGGAGGAGAAUGGCGAGGUCAAGGGCGAGGGCAAGGAGAUGGAUGCUGAGAUCUCGGAAAAAGUUCCGGCGCCUGUCGAAGUGGAGGAAAUGCUUUGAGGUGGGGAAGGACAAGGUUUCGUUCGCAAAACUCACGAUGCACAUGAUACCCAAAAUCUACGAAUCGAUGCGUUGCACUUGUUUAAAUUGCAGCCAUGCUGACAUUCAAAUUCGCCAUCGCUUAGUGCGUGGCCAAAGUAUACACAAUGGUCUCGAGUUCACCCUAGAGAGAGGUAAUCCAUGUUACCAAUACAGCCAAAUCCAUGGAAAUGUUUAUGAUUGCCACCCCAU